AUGCAAAUUGAUUGUGAAGAGUCAUUGACAAGCUGGUUAGUUAAAGAGCUAGGACCAAUAUGUGAUGCCGAACCUUCUGCCUUAGCCAAAUAUGUUGUAGCGUUAGUGAGGAAACAGGGUAAAACUGACGAAGAGUUGAAAUUUCACAUAACUGAACAGUUGGAGGAUUUCCUUCAUGGACACACUAAAAAGUUCAGCGAUAAGUUAUUUACUGUGCUUAAAAGCAAAUCGUAUAUGGCGACGACGACAACAACGACAGCCAAGAGUAUUGUUCAGGAGCCGAAACCCAAAGCUGAAAUGUCUCCGGUGAAAGACAAAAAAGAAGAACCUGCUAAAGUUACUAAAGAAAAAGAAGAAAUCAAACCUACUACCUCUAGCGGAUCUGAUCGUGAUGAGAAACGGAGGAACGCUUCUGCUCCCAGAAGGGAAGAAAAGCGAGAUCUUUCUAGUAAUCGUUCAGAAAGGACAGAAAGGAGAAGGAUAAGCCCCCCUGCUGUGGAUGUUAAGAAAGACGCUCGAGAACGUGAACAACGCGAGUUCCAACGUAGAAAAUCUAGAUCACCAAGAAAUCGUCGGGAAAGAAGACGAUCUCCCGAAUAUAGUCGUAGUCGACAUAAUAGAAGAAGCAGAUCUCGGUCCAAUGAGAGACGGGAACGAAAGGAUGAAAAAACUAAACGACGGUGUCGUGACUAUCACGAAGCGGGAUUCUGUUCUCGUGCGGAUAACUGUCAAUUCUUCCACGGUCCCGAUCCAGUAGUGCUGGACGACAUAGCUAUGGACAAAUUUGUGAACAAUAAUCAAAAGGCCCCUGCUCCAAACUUUAGUGUUCCUCCUCCUGGCUAUAAUACCUUAAACCCUCCUCCUCCUGGGGUGGAAGGAAACUUUGUGUCCGCUCCUGUUGAAGGAUAUAAUCCUGAGGCGCCAGGAAUGGCUUGUCCAGCAUAUUCUUUCCCUCCUCCUCCCAUUCCGAUGCAUAUGAACUGGGGUGGUGCUCCAUAUCAAGUUCCUCCACAAGGCAAUAUGAUUCCUUAUGAUAACGCGGGUUUACCAAUUGACUCUGGUACUGGUGGUCCAAUCCGGAAUACUGCCCGAGGUCGUGGUCGGGGCGGUAAUGUUAAUAUGGGUACUCGGGUACCAAAUCGUGGUGAUAAUAAAACUAUACAGGUCAAGAAAAUUCCUCCCGAGCAAAAUAAUAUUUCUAAAUUGAACGAACACUUCGCCUCGUUCGGAACCAUUGUCAAUCUCCAGGUUCAUUUUAACGGUGAUCCUGAAUCGGCUCUAAUCACUUAUAACAGUAGACAAGAAGCUGUAAAUGCUAUGAAAUCUCCUACUCCUGUAUUAAACAAUCGGUUUAUUAAAUUGUUUUGGUAUAACCCGGAAAAUAACGAAAACACUCAGUCAGGCUCACCAUCAGCCCCUAAUGGUGCUGGUCAUCGAUCGGACAAAUCAGCUCCUCCCCCAGUAGUUAAUCAACCCCCUCCUAAGGUGGCCACUGUGAGAGAAGCAAAGUUUGUUAACCCUGCUGUUCUGGAAAGCAGAAAUGCACUCUCUGCAUUGAAAGGUUCCUUGAAAGAACACAAGGCCCGAAGGAAUGUAGGACUUGAUGUACAGAAGAAAACUUUAACAUUCUUGGAAAAACUCGUUGAUAAGCAAAGAAUUGUGAUAUCAGCGCUGAGAGAGAACAAAGAGGUUGAGAAGAAAAAGAAGCUGAAAGAUAUUGCCCAGAGUCUUAGUGAGAAAAUCACAGUUGCAAAAACUGAUCAUGCUAAGCAAAUGGAAGAAAUCAAGAAGCUGUCCGAAAUAAUAACUGAUAUCGAGUCUCAGAUCAAAGCUAGGUCUGCUGGUAAUGAAGAGUCGAGAAACAGCGAGAGUCCUCCCUUGAAAGAGGAAGGUACUGUCACUGUUGUAACGACCAAAAACCUGCUGAAAGAAAACGCUGGUGAAGCUGAAGAUUGGAGUGCUCAAGACCCGUUGACCUUACUAGUGAAGGGUUUCGAGUCUGACCAGGAUGCUACUGUCCAGGAGCAGUUAUCGUUGUUUGGGGAUAUCAUUGAGGUGAAAAACGAGCUUUCUUCCAAUGGUAAGCCAGAGAAGUUCGUGACAUACAAAGCAAGAGAAGAUGCUGAAAUGGCACUGCUCACAGGGAUCGUGUUGAAUGAAGUUCCGCUGAGUAUUACCCCCCAAGAUGGUUUCCAAAACUUGAACACGAAUAAGCUGCUUCAGGGUAUUGACCAAAACGACUCCGAUGAUGAUUGA